UCGUCGCAAUGCGGUGAUAGACAAAUACAGUUCGCUAUACACGAAUUAAUCAUCGACUUACGUCAACAAUAUAGUUUUUAUACAUGUUGGGACAAAACUGUUUUCCCUGAGAAACUUCGACUCGUUCUGUAGUUGUCCCGCCAUUUCUAUUUUGUUACCACAUCAUCUCGAUUCCAUGUUGGCGUGAUACGAACCUGUAUUGUGAAUAUAGUGACAUUAAAAAAUAAUUUUAUUAAAACUAAAAAGUUUAAGUGUUUGAAAUUGAAUAUUUGAAAGUAAACGGACUAUUUAUUAGAUACUUUAAUAUUUUUACGUCAGAUGACACCGGGGUGUCAUAUUUAAUGUGUAAACCGUCCAAUGGAUAUGUUAGAGUUUACUUUUGAAAAUGGAAAUUGAAACUAUAAGUAAUUAUGAAGAAAAUAGAGAAAAACGCCUAAAUAACACCAUGGACGUAGAUCUUAACACAAACGACAAGGAAUCUAAUUUUCCUCCAAACAAAGUUUACGAGGACAAUUCUGAAAGUUCAGAAGCCAAAGAAUCUGAAGGUAUCAAAGAAGACAAAAGGGAAUCCAAAAUAUUGGAAAGUGAAAGUGACGAUGAAUGCGAAGAAGAAGAAGAAGAAGAAGAACUACUAUUGAGUCCAGCACAUAGUGAUUAUGGUGGAGAACCAUUGAGUCCCGUGAAUAGAGACUUAUUAGAUAGUGACUGUGAAGGUGAAAAAGUUGAUUUUGUUAGAUCGACAGAAACUAGCGAAGACCAAUUGUCUGAAUCUGGGAUGAAUGAGAAUUGCAUACAAAAAGGAUCAAGUGUGACAAAAGAAGAUAAGACUGAAAUUAAUAUAACUAAGGAUCAAUCUGAAGUUAGAAACAAUAUAAAAAAUGAUGAUGCUACAGAGGUGGAACCUACCGUCACGAAUGAUGCUAGUGAUGAAAAUGAGAUUAAUAAAGAUGACAAGUGCAGUAACACAAUUAACAUAGAAACAGAAGAAGGUGGUAAAACAAUAGAUGAAGAAAAAAUAGACUCACCGAGAGAUACAGAAGUAGCUGAAACUAGUGGAAUAGAAGAUGAAGAUGAAUUUGAAAAAGAAAAAAACAAAAUAGCAAAUGAACAGUCAGAAGACAACAAAGAAAAAAUCGAGGAGGAAAAAAAUGCAGCUAAAUUAGGGGAUAGUGGUACAACAGAAGUAGUUGAUGAUGAAGAAUCGAAAGAACUCAUCGAAGUUGAAACAGAUGAAAAAAUUGAUCUUGAUAAUAAAGAUGACACAGAGAAAGAUGAAGUGAUUGAGAUAAAAAAUGCGGAAGACAUGGAUAGUACGGAAAUUCCUGACGAUUCUUCUGGAAAAUCACUUGGAAGUGAAGAAAACAAUAUGAAAAAUGAUGCCGAUAAAAAGGAGAACAAGAAAAAUACAAGCAAAGAUGAAUUCAAAACGAAUUCUGAUUCAAAUAAAGAUCACAAUUUGUCAAAAUCCGAAGAAGAAAAACAAGGUGAAGAAGAUGUUGAUAUGGAUGAAGAUUUUGAUCCUUCUCUUUUGAUGCCGGAACUAUCUAUGGAAGUUGAUGAAGUACCGGUUAUUACAAAUAAUGACGCUCCUGCACCCGAACAUGAACUUAAUAAAAGUCCAUUGCAACUUUACGAUCCGAUUUUUUCUACGUUUGUCGACGAAAUGACAGGCGCUGAAGUUGAUUUCGAUUUGACUGCAGAAGAACUCGAAUUGAAAGCCAAAACGUACGGCGAAAAAAAUCCAGUACAGUUGACAAAAAUCCAUUGUACGGCAUGUAAUAUACACUUGGGCAGCGCCUUGGAUGGCCAAGGCAACAGAUUCGUUCAUCCGUUAUUGAAAGUCCUUAUCUGUAAAAAAUGUUUUCACUUUUACACCAGUGGAGAAUUCGAAAAGGACGAAGACGGAAGCGAAUUGUAUUGUAGAUGGUGUGGACAAGGCGGACAAGUUUUGUGCUGCUCUGCUUGUGAAAUGGUAUUUUGUAAGAAAUGUAUACGUAUCAAUUUUGACAGAAAAAAAUUAACAGAAAUUCAAAAAAGCGAUGAUUGGUUAUGUUUCAAGUGCAAUCCUUCACAGUUGAUACAUCUUAGAAUUCACUGCGCCGAAUUUAUGGAAUAUGUGCAAAGAGAAAUGAGAAUGGUUAGUACUGCGCCAAACCCCGAAGCUUACAUGAAUACGGAUCACUGCCAUUGCUGUUUACCCCAAAAGAAAAAACAAGUAGAACCAAUUCCUUCUAGUUCGACACAAUCUAAAAAAAGGAAACGAACAACAGAAGAAGAUCCCGAUUAUACUCCGGUGUUGGAUAGAGAUUCGCCAACUCCUCUUCCAACUUUGAUACCAUCAAACAAGACGUCAGUUUUAACAGCAACAACUUCGUCAGUGUCAAAAUCGCCGCAACUCAGGGUUGUCACGCCGCAGCAAGUUAACAGAUCUAAAGUACAGGUCGUCAAUACUUCUGCUAUACGUCCCCAAUCCAAUUUUAUUCGUGCUUCUCCAGUUAACGCUCGCGUGCAAACACCAACUCCAGUGUUGUCUACCAGACAGCCUGUACUGCGACCCAUUCGUCCAGCAACGACUACAAAACAUGAAUGGUUCGAAAAAACUGUACGGUCCUCUGCUCGUGUCAACUCCAACCUUUCUUAUACGUUAACUCAACUCAACAGAGCGCAAGCAAAUGCAACAAGUGUCGAAUCGCUCGCUGUCGUACACAAUAAAUUACAAGAAAUAUUGAGUAGCUCUAUCAAUUCCCUUAUACAAAUUAGGAAGAAUUUGAGAACGGAAUUUAUAGCAGGUAUCAAGAACAUCCGUUUUCCUCCUAAAAACCCGCCGGCUUCCACAACUUCCAAUACACCGCCUCCUCUACUCCAUAACGUUUCUUCAAGUAAAGACGACGAUGACGUCAUAUUUAUACCUUCGGAUCCUAUACCCGCAACCGUUACUUCUACUAGUAAAACCGCAACCGUUUCUUCAACUCCUAAAGCGAUAUAUACUACCACCGCUUCCAAAGGAGCUUCAAUAGUUUCUCAAUCAACGUUAAGACUCCCAGAGGUUUCUAUCUUGAAGAGAACUUCAGGAAGUACUUCUAGCGUUACUACUAUAUCUAAAGCGGGAUCUAGCGGCGUAACCAGAAUAACUCCAAGUAAAUCCGUCAACAAAUUAUCCAGCACAACUGACUUACAACCUAAAGGAUUCUUAAGAGUGAAAUCUUUUUCCGCAUUGCAGAAUGUUCCUGCCGAGUGUAUAACAAUUCCUGAUGAUCCUGCGGAUGAUGAGAUCGUGCCUGUAGUAGAAAAAGAUCCUCUCGGUGACAUUGACAGUAUUACUGAUGAUACUUCGAAUCGUAUCAAUGGUUUGGCUAAUGGAGACCCGGAUGAAGAGGUACGAAAAAUGACCAAUAACACUAAUAAAGAAACAGCAGAUGAUCAACCGAUCGAAGUAAUAGCAGAUGAUGAAGAAGUUAAAUCGGUCAAAAAAGCUAAAAUAAUGCUCGAACGUUCGAACGAAAUCGACAAGUUAGUUAAGAAUAAAUAUGGACAUGUUAAUGGUGAUACUGACGGAAGUGUUGAAAAAUAAAAAUUAAAUCAAAUUUUUCUAGGCGAAAUGUACAAUAAUACUAAUUAUUAUUCCUUCUUGUAACCACUUUAAUCACCAACAAAAAAAUGAUAGUUUGUGAUUUAUAAUUUUCUUUUGUAUAUACUGUGUGUUUGGCGCAUCGUGUGUCAAAAUGAAUCAAGACAGGAGGAAUUUGCUACCCAAUUGGCUACGAUAACUUUUCCUAUGUCUUAUUGAAACAAAAAACACCCAAAUUCCCCAAUAAAUCUUGAAAUAGUAUUGGGUAUCGUUUCCAAAUUUUGUUUUGUAUUGAAAUAACGUUCUGAUCUUUUCUAUACGCUAUUUUUAUAUUCUUCCGCUUGUAUGUUUCCAUCGCUGGAAAAUCUCUGCCCAAUGACAAAUGAGUAUGCUCGGAAACCAAAAACCGGGGUUUUCGGAGACUUUUUCCUUACUUAGUUGUUGUCAUAAACUAAUGAAAGUCAAAUUUUUGUUUUGCCCUCCUCUGUUAUUUGCGUACACUAUCAAAUUUUCCAUAAAGGGAUAGUGACUAUCUAGUUACUUCCUCGGUGCGUCACAUUUUCUGGUCUAUAUCUCCGUGAACUCUGACAUUGUAGACCCGAGUUUUUUUUCUAAAGUAGAAAUCAGACCCUGUGUUAUAAUUAGGAACAGAUGAGGCCAAAAGAUAUCUCGCUGGUUUUACUUUGGCCUACUUAAUUUUUUUCUCUUAUUUGAAUAUUCAGAGUCGCACGUUUUGCAUCCAAUUUAACACUCUGACUGUCAGCAUACUAAAUUUUUGUUAUUAAUUGACCGACUAAUAUGCAUAUAGUCAUUGGGCCAUCAAUGAAGUCGAUUUCAUGAUUGUAAUACUUUUAAACUUUAAUGAGAUUAUAACAAAAUAAAGGACGCGUUCGUCUAGUCCUACUUCUAAAACUCGUCAAUUUUGAACCUUAUGGGUUCGUGACCACAAAACUUACCAUUUUUUUCACAAUGUUUGAAAAUUUGAAAUCAUAUCACUGUGCAUGUCAUUUUGGAUGACUACGUUUUCCAGGGAGAAUGUUAUACACACUAAGAACAAGAAUUACAAUAAAGCCAUUCAGUUCCUGUUUGGAUCAGCCUAGUUUUGCAUAAUCUCGUAUCUUUGUACGCGAAUGUUGGAAAACAUCUUCAUCGAAAAAUAGUCAAGCAACUCUACAGUAGACAUAUUAUAAUAUUAAUUGUAGUCUGGUUCGGAAAAGGAUUUAGACGUAGGUUGAAGACCGCUAACAGUUCUACAGUAGUUAAACCUGAAAAUACUUUUUUAAUUUCCUCUUCCGAUGGUGGCUUUGGUGCUGUUUGAUCCGCUUCUGUAAUAUAUGGUUUUCCUUUAGUAUUGAUAUGGUUGGUUAUAUCUUCUUCAGUAGGACCAAUUAUAUGUCUAUCUGCUAAUACAAAUUCCGCUCCAGCCUCUAUUUGGUGACCAGGAAGCCUAGUUACAAUCAUUGUAAUCUUCAUUUGUAAAAUAACAGGUUCGGGGGUUCAAUAUAAUAUUUAGUCUUCUGGUAGUUAAUCAGAAUAUACAAUUUGAACAGAUUCAUUUAAACAAAAGCCGCAUCUGAAAAACUGUACAUUUAGCAACAUUUGGCCUUGAUGGGUUGAAUUGCAAAUAACCUUGUAACAUAAUAUAGGGGCCAAAUGGGUAGUAGAUUGGACUGAGUAGAAUAAAACCAAAGAAAUGUUUUAACUUUUUGAAAAAGGAACAAAAUAAACGAAACGUGUUUUGACUAUACUCACUCUUUGGUAAAUAACAAUCACAAUCUGUCAUAUUCGAGGUGACAAGAAUGGAAAAUUCGCCUAGUGCUAAAUAAAACUGUUAGGUGCUUUUUCUUCAAAAAUAUAAAAUACUUUAAUUAUCGUUUAAAAAGUGAAAAGUGUAAGGAAACAGAAUAUGUUUGUAAUCUGAUAUUUCGAUAUUGUUUUAAUGUGAAAAAAAUAUCAUUAAUAAGUGGUAGGACAGUGUUAUUGUAUCGUUGAGUUACUUUUAAAAAGUUAGGAAUAUUUUUUUUAUUUUAUAAAAAGAAUUCACGUUUUAUUUGUAUACUGUAAAUAGAUUUUGCUACAGA